UCUGCAGUGGCAGUGAUGAUUUAGCCAUGGAAGCAUUGGAAGACUGAAAGGACGGGGCAAGGACAUGCAUGCAGAACCAAGAUGAGGAACAAACUGUGGCUUCAGAGUAUUUCCUUCUUCCUUUUAUUCCAGUACACUACGUGUCAAGAAAACCUCACUUGUUUUGUGGACUAUGUCCAGACCUUGUCCUGUAUCCUGAGAAAUGACUUGGGUGCCAGUUCAUACAACCUCAUUGCAACAUGGGUUCUUGAGGAAGGCCCAGAAAAUACUGUGGCUGCCUGCAGUCUCCUGCGAUUACCCAGGAACAUCAGCCACACACAGUACAUGUGCACCGUGGACAUGACUGGACUCCUGGCAGAUACCAGAGUCCAGGUGGAUGUUACAGAGACAGCUGAUGGGCAGAGUGUGAUUUCCAAGGCCUUUUACAUGUCAGACAAUGUCAAACCACAGCCUCCGUUCAAUCUGACUGCAGUGUUCUCAGAGGGUUACAAUAUUUCUUGGGAAACCAUCUACCAGAACUCUCCUUUCUACUUUUUGGAUGAGGAGCUGGAAUAUCAGCUGCGUUAUAAGAGAAGGACUGACACAUGGGAGACUCAGAAGACUAAAGCUGUCCACGAAGACAAACGGACGCUGUUAAUCCUACCAUGGGAACUCCAGGCAAACACAGAGUAUGAGUUCCAAGUGAGAGCCAGACCUCGAGAAGACAGUGACUACCAUGGCUUUUGGAGUGAAUGGAGUCCUCUGCUGCUGCUGAAAACCAGCCCUGACGUGACACAGGGAGCAGGCAUGGGAUGGCUACUGCUGUGUGGUGGUGUCGUGGCAAUCACUGUCUCAGUCACAACCUUUCUGGCCAAACAGCGGAGAUUUUGGAAGAAGAUGGCUUGCAUCCCAGACCCUGCUUCCUUUUUCAAACCUCUUUACCUGGUUCACAAUGGCGAUUUCAAGAAGUGGGUUGGUGGAUCCCAUAUGAAAAUCACCUUUGAUUUCUUUGAAUGGGGAAUAGUCCUUCCAGAAGUCCUAGAAGUUUACACCAUGCAUUCUUCCAACAGCACCUCAGGCGAGGAGCUGCAUGAGCUGAGAAAAGAUCUGCCUUGCAAACCCUGUAUGUCUUGCCUGACUGCCCCAGGUCAGGACAGCCAGUCCCUGCUAUCUAGUGUGAAUGAUAGCAGUGGGACUCAGGACCGGUCAUAUGGGCACUUGUCCAUUGAUACUGUGACUGUGGCUGAUGAAUUUACACCUUGUAACUGCCAGUGCAACUGUAACCGUGUGUACAGGGGACAUGAGCAUAUGGGCCAGGAGGACAAGAGUGCUGGAGAAACUGGUUACCCCAAGGUUAAUGUCGAUGAUGAAGACAGAAGGAUAUCCAGUGAUCUGCAUCUAGCUGACCUGAGCACACAGGACAAAAUACUCGCAUCAGGCUCUGUGUCCACAGAUCACCUGAGGAGUACAGGUGUCCCAGGCCACCAGCAAGUAGAAAGAGCUUUGGAAAGAGGAAUGGGGAACAUCCUAGAAGCCCUUUGCUUGCAGCCUAAUCAAUGGGAUUUGGAAAAUCCAGGUUCUCUACCUUCUCCUGAUGGUGAAAGUGUUUCCUACAGUGAAGGCUCCUAUGACUUCUUCCCUCACACUGCAAGGUCUGAUGACAGCAGCCCUGUGAUCUGCAUAGAUUUGGACACUAUUGACAGUGGCUUUGUGGACUCGGACUGUGGGAGUCCAGUUGACUGUGAAUUUGAGCAAAACAGUCAGACCACCUGUGGGUCCAUACCCCUUGAGCAGGAGGGGAUUGACUUUCCACGGAGCUAUGUCAAGCAAUGGGUCUCUUGUCGCUCUGACAGCCCUGCAAAUGCGACACAGACAAACUAAGGACUUGGUGUUGCCUUGCAGAGUGUAGAGCCUUUUCUGUGCCGUGCCAGGAGCAAAGGGUUAGCAAAAUUCA